UCCGGCCUGCGUCUCCCCUCCCACUCCAUCUCGGGGGGUUUGCCUGCGCCGGGGACUUUAUCUCGAUUCCUUCGGACAGCCCAGCUCCUUCCCGGCAUGCCCCGCUGGCUGGAGCCGCCAGUGAGUCCCGCGCCCGGACUUCGCGAUCGGCUGGGGGCCCCGGCAGCAGGGAUGCGUCCGGCAGCCGCUGCCUGAGCUUCAGCCCAUGAGGGAGAUGUGACCGGGACUGAGAGAAUUAUCUGGAAGCAUGGAGACUGUGGUGAUCGUUGCCAUAGGUGUGCUGGCCACCAUCUUCCUGGCUUCCUUUGCAGCCUUGGUGGUGGUGUGCAGACAGCGUUACUGCAGGCCUCGGGUCCUGCUGCGGCACUAUGAUUCCAAGCCCAUUGUGGACCUCAUCGGUGCCAUGGAGACCCAGUCUGAGCCCUCAGAGUUAGAACUGGAUGAUGUGGUGAUCACCAACCCCCACAUUGAGGCCAUUCUGGAGAAUGAAGACUGGAUUGAAGAUGCCUCGGGUCUCAUGUCCCACUGCAUUGCCAUCUUGAAGAUUUGUCACACGCUGACAGAAAAACUUGUUGCCAUGACAAUGGGCUCAGGGGCCAAGAUGAAGACUUCAGCCAGUGUCAGUGACAUCAUCGUGGUGGCCAAGCGGAUCAGUCCCAGAGUGGAUGAUGUCGUGAAAUCGAUGUAUCCUCCGCUGGACCCAAAGCUCCUGGACGCACGGACAACUGCCCUGCUCCUAUCUGUCAGUCAUCUGGUGCUGGUGACCAGGAAUGCCUGCCACCUGACAGGGGGCCUGGACUGGAUUGACCAGUCUCUGUCAGCCGCCGAAGAGCAUUUGGAAGUCCUGCGAGAAGCUGCCCUGGCCUCUGAGCCAGAAAAAGGCCUCCCGGGCCCUGAAGGCUUUCUGCAGGAGCAGUCGGCCAUUUAGGGCCCGCUGUCAUCCCUGGGUGGCUCAGCUGAGCCUUCUACUUUUUCCUGUAGAAUUAGUUCUUCUCCAUGACUCAGAAUGACAGCUGUGUGUACAUAGUAAAGCAGGCAGCCCCAGAAGCCUCUGUUGCAGUUGCAGAUGCUGGCUGGAGAGUGGCAGUCUAACACUACGGUUGGGAGAGCUGGUGUCAGCACCGUGUGGCAGAGCUCUGAAAAACCAGUGCUCUGUAAGCAUUCCUCAGCUCACCUAGUGUUUGUAAGAACAUCAGGCCACGAUAUCAGAACCAAGAAUGUUCACGUUAAAAUUAGACUUUCUGGCUUCUCCAGAACAAUCAAAGAUGAGGCAACUCUGAUUUUCAUUUUCGUCAGAGGACAAUCAGUUAAACUAAGUAGGGGUUGCCUCUUUUGCCAAGACCUGUGCUCUCUCACCUGGCCUGUUUUCAUUUAUUUGUACCUUCUGCCCGGUCCCUGAGAUCUCCCUUCCUUUCACAGGUUUGGGUUUGAAGGCGAGCACCACUGACUUGGUUAUUUCCUUUCUAUCAUUAUGCCUGCAAUUCUACUUAGCCUCCACUAGGUGAAUAGUAAAUACAUGCUUAGGUUUC